CUACUUAUUUUUCUCUUAAAUAUUUAGACAGAAUCCCUAAUACUGUAUCCUCCUAAACCAAACAUCUUCCUCUUGGCAGCUCAUCUGUCUCUUCUUCUUUGAAAAAGAAGAAAAAAAAAAAAAAUGCAGCAACCCAGAAAAAGAUGCGUGAUGAUAUUGUUGUGGGCGAUCAUAUGGGUGUUUUUGUUAAUGGAAGAUGGAGCUAAUUCAGAUUCGGAGCUCAAUCUGCUCAACUCAAUUUGCGCACAAGACAACGUCACCAACUUUCAGGACUUCAGCAGAAACCUAAACGCCACGUUCCUCAAACUCCGGGAGGAGAUCGUCAGCGGUAACUACUUCGCCACGGCCGAUCAGGCGGCCGGUUCCAGCCCCACCUAUUCCAUGGUGCAGUGCAGGAAGUACCUCUCCCCUACUGACUGCUUGGCUUGCUUUAACGCUGCUUUGACUACAAUCCGGAACUGCUCUGCCGCCUACGGGGCAGACGUCAUCUACGACGGAUGCCUCCUUAGGUAUGACGGCAAUAAUUUCUACACACAGAGCACAGGGCAAGGGCAUACUGUGAUUUGUGGGGACCCGACUGCAUCGAAUCCCACCUCCUUUAACGCAUCGGUUGGAGGGCUUUUAAAUGACCUUCUCAUGGCAACCCCCCGGACAGAUGGGUACUUCGCCACCAGUAAGAAGAAAGUGAGUGGGAACAUAACGGUGUACGGCGUGGCACAGUGCAUAGAAACCAUCAGCGAAAGCGGCUGCCGGAGUUGCAUGUCUGUGGUGUAUAGCGACAUUCGGCAAUGCCCUCCUACGUUGGACGGGCGAGCUAUGGAUGUGGGAUGUUUCUUGAGAUACUCAGAAUCUCCCUUCUUUGCUGAUAAUCAAACUACUGACAUUGCCCGCUUCCUCGAGAACAACAGUUCCAGCAAGAAAGAUGCUCUGAUCGGAGGACUGAUCGGGGGCAUUGGGUUCCUACUACUUGUUCUAGCCGUGUUUUUCUGGUUUGGAUCAUCAAGAAGGAAGAAGAUGGCACCAAGAGGUGACAUAUUAGAGGCAACAGAGCUGCAGGGUCCCGUUAAUUACAGCUACAGAGAUCUGAAUUCAGCAACCCAAAACUUCAGUCUGGAAAAUAAAUUGGGAGCAGGAGGAUUUGGUGAUGUAUACAAGGGUGUUCUCAAGAGCGGAAAGGUAGUGGCAGUGAAGAAGCUAGCAAUCGACCAAUCUCUCAGAGCAAAAGCAGAUUUCGAAAGCGAAGUGAGGAUCAUUAGCAAUGUUCAUCACCGGAAUCUCCUCCGCCUACUCGGCUGUUGCAGCAGAGGUGCUGAACUUCUUCUUGUCUAUGAAUUCAUGCCCAAUGGCAGCCUCGAUAAAUUUUUGUUCGGUGAAAAGAAAGGAUCUCUCAACUGGAAGCAGCGAUUUGAUAUAAUCCUCGGAACAGCGAGAGGCCUCGCCUAUCUUCACGAAGAAUUCCACCUCUGCAUUAUUCAUCGUGACAUAAAGCCUAGCAAUAUUCUUUUGGAUCAUGAUUUCCAGCCUAAAAUUGCGGAUUUUGGUUUGGCAAGGCUUCUUCCUCAAGAUCGGAGUCAUCUCAGUACCAAAUUUGCAGGAACACUGGGAUACACAGCCCCAGAAUAUGCAAUACUGGGACAAUUAUCUGAGAAGGUGGAUGCUUACAGCUAUGGUAUCGUUGUUCUUGAAAUCAUUAGUGGCCAGAAGAGCAGCGAGGCCAAAUCUGAUUCUGAUGAAUUCCUACUCAAACAGGGUUGGGGUUUGUACGAGAAUAACAGACACGAGGAACUUGUGGAUGAGACAUUAGACAGAAGCGAAUACCAUGCAGAAGAUGUCAGGAAAGUGAUUGAAAUUGCUUUGUUGUGUACUCAGGCAUCUGCUGCUUCCAGACCAAGCAUGUCUGAGGUAGUUGUUUUGCUGAGAAGCAAAGGAUCCCUUAAUCGCCGGCCAACUACCAAGCCCAUUUUUGUCGAAUCAGAUAAAAAGGUCCGAGUGGGGACAUCCACCUCCACUGGCUCCUCUGUAUCCAAUGCAACGGUCUCCAUCACUGAGGUCUCUGGUCGCUAAAUCUUCUUAGCUAGAUUACAUUCCAUGUCCAAAGAAGAGAAAAAUUCAAUGGUGUUAAGGUUUCUUUUAAGGGAGAGAGGAAAGACUAGACUAGGAGAGGAGGAGAGAACUUAGAACAUGAACAUGAAUAGAACGUAAACAUGGAAGGGUGUAGACAUUCUCCUAACCAGAGAGGAGAAACCAUGCUUUCUCACACUCAAUUUUCAUUCAAUUUCUUCCUUCCUUUUUAGAGCAGUGCUAGGGGCACUCGCCUCCUGCACUCUCCGGCCAACACAUGCUUUUGUAUUGGGCCACGUAAGCAUACUUGUGCCAGAAAUGAUUACCUCUCCAGCAGCCAACAUAACGUGGCCUGAUGAAAAUGAAAGUGUUGGUUGGAGAGUGCAAAUGGCAGGUGUUCCUAGCAUUGCUCUCCUUUUUAUAUGGAAAGGCUACAUAUAAAACAAUAAUAUUUUU